UGAGUUGCAAAUGAAAAUGGUUCAUUCCAGUGCCACGAGCGCACCCCUCUUUCGUGGCGCACAUUGGUAUCGCCCAGAAGCCUUGCAGAAGGGAAGCGGCUGCAGAGGCCUUUUCCACCGAGUGAAAUGGCAAACGCGGCUCCCAAUUUAUUCAUGACUUUCUUGGCCAGAUCUCAGCUCGGCUUACUCAUGCCAGGCCUUUCCGCCUUACACAAUCAAAGAACGAAUGGGAAGCUUUCCCAGCAUUUCAGACACGCAGCCGAUUUCAUAUCAGGACAGGAGAACAAAGCCACUGUAGAAAGUCUGUCUGAAUUAUCUGUGGAUGUCAAGAAAAUCCGUAGGCUGAAGCCAUGGGUGCUCUCAAAAGAGGUGACGUAUGUCAAAGAAAUGGCUAGUAUUCUACAAAAAAUGGGAGCUGAUGGGAGUUCUGUAGCAUAUAUUUUUGAAUGCUGUCCGGAGGCCAUUCUUCGCAGCCCUGCAGACGUCAGUUGUCAAAGAGACCUGUGGUUAUCCGUCUGCCGAAAUGAAAACCAGUUAGUUGAAUUAAUAAAACGGUUCCCGGAUUCCUUUUUUACAGUUGAACACUAUGAAAGCCAGAAAGCCAAUGUCAAAUUCUUUAAAGACCUGGGGCUAAAGAAUACCAUUAUCAGCAGGCUUUUAACAAGUGCCUCGAAUAUUUUUCAUAAUCCUGUGGAAAAGAACAAACAUAUGAUAGAAACCUUGCAGAGUCACUACUUAAGGCUAGGUGGUUCACAGGAGAAUAUGAAGACCUGGCUGCUAAAACUACUGAGUCAAAAUCCAUUCAUUUUGUUAAAUACCUCUUCCACUGUCCAAGAAAACUUGGAGUUCCUUCACAAGAACAAGUUUACUGAUUCAGAGGUCUUAUGCCUUGUAUCCAAGCUCAAGGGGUUUAUUGUUCAGCUCAACCCUGCCACGAUGCAGAACAGCCUGCUGUACUCAAAGAAUAUUUUCAAAUGCACGGAUCAAGAACUGAAAGAAUUAAUACUGAAAUGCCCUGCCCUUCUCUACUAUUCGGUUCCAGUUUUGGAAGAAAGACUGCAGGAGCUCUUGAAGGCCGGGGUUUCUGUCGACCAAGUGAAAGAGGCGCCUGGAGUACUGGAACUUUCAACAGAGAUCGUGCAGCACCGGAUAAAAAAAUUAAAUGCCAUAGGCUUCAGUUUAAAGACUGGCAAUCUAGAAUAUCUCAACGGAACAAAAAAGGAUUUUGAAACCGCUUACGGAAAGAUACAAGCAAAAAGGGAGAGGCCUGUAUUUAAUCCAGUUGCUCCUUUAAAUAUUGAAGAUUAAAUUCCAGAACAUGCUUAAGCAAUGUUGUAUGGAAGAGAGAGAAAAAACAAACAAACAAAGGAUGCACUUUUUACACCUUAAGUAAAUUGGACCUAAUUGACACUCAAAGUGGAUUUUUUUUUAUCCAGAUGUACUUCCUUCAUCUUAAGAGGAAAUACAAUAUAUGAUGGAAUUGCAAGCUUUCUUACCUAAUUGGAGGCUAGUUUAUCUGGUGCCUUGAGCAGUAUUGUUCACACGGAGUGUAUACUAAAUAAAA